CAAGUUUUUGAGUCUCUCUAACUUCCAUCUCCAUCAGAUUGAUGUUAAAGUGGAGAUUAGCCAAAUCCUGUGAAUUAAAUCUUGGCCUCCUCGGCUGACUUCUUCAUGCUAUCCCAAAUACGCAUGCAAGGUCUCUUCUCAGAUGUCACUUGUUUACCCUUACUCAAAUUUUCUACAUCAACAAUAGCUGCACCAGUAGUUUUAGUGGCUUGAAUCUUCUGAGUUUAAUACUUUCAGCACUGUUUUGGAUGGUAGUGUAGGUAAUUAUAACCAAUUUUUCCAGACCUUAUUCAUUAUGAUUUUUCAUUAUGUUAACAUCUUUGGCUACCUCCUCCAAGAUAGCCAACAUUUUCUUAUCUUCAUCAGGUACCUUAGGGGUUCCCUCAUUAUCAUGGAUAGAGGAAGUCUCGCAUUGAUUCUGAUAAUCUUUAGGAAAAACCAUUUGACAACCUGAAAUGAUCCACGACGACAUCGGUGACAAUACGAAGGAGAUCAUCUAAAUCUUCAGGGUUGAGAUAAAGAUGAGAGAAUCCUUCUGUAGGUCAUUCGGAAAGGGGUCACGCGCCACUCUUCCCUCACCAGGCCUCCAAGAAGGCGGAAGUUUCCAAGACUUCACCAAAACAUCCUUACCCUUAGUUUUGUCCUUAAUUCGAGUUUAUAAUGUUAGUCGUUCCUAGCCUGGCUUUUACAUCUCAACAAUUUUCUGACUUCCCUUGGCGCACAAAUACAGUACAUGUUUCUCCACUGCAAUGCAUUGGAUGCAGAUUCAAAUAGGAAAAUUGUUUUUUAAAGGCGUAUAAAACAAAUCUAAACUCACUUACAUCUAAUUUAAGCUUAUUUUACAGUUAAAUGUAUAAUGGUAUUGCACUGGCAUUCUGAGAAGGUUAUUCAGAAAUUCAAAUGCAACAAUUUUUUUCUAUUCAAACCCUUAAAUACUAUAUCAAGCUAUCGAUGCACAGAGGAGGUACAAGGUGUAUCAUCGCAAUACAAUCUGAAUCCCAACACAUAUGCUUGCCUAUUGCAGGCAUGCAGCAACAUAAAAAUACUCACCAAACUGCAUGCCCGUAUUCUCAUAGAUGGGUUCAGCCAAGACACUUUUCUAGCUACCAGAUUGAUGAGUAUGUAUGCCAAUUGUGGCAGUUUGAAGAAUUCACGUCUUGUGUUUGACAGAAUAACAAACAAAACAAAUGUUUUGUUAUGGAAUGUUAUUAUUGGGGAGUAUUCAAAAUUUGGGUUGUUUGGUGAGUCUCUUUCACUGUAUUACCAGAUGAAAAAAGGAGGAAUAGAAGCAGACAAUUUUAGUUUCACCCUGGUUCUCAAGGCCUGUACAGGUCUCGGCCUUUCGGCUAUUGAAAAUGGUCAUGGCAUUCAUGAAGACAUCGUGAGAGCUGGAUAUGAAUCUGAUAUUUAUGUAGCCAAUUCACUUAUUAAUAUGUAUGGAAAAUGUGGAUGGGUUGACUUUGCACGUCAAAUAUUUGACAAAAUGCCGCAAAGAGAUGUAGUGUCAUGGAAUUCUAUGAUCGUGGGAUAUGCUCAGAAUGGUAAUGGGCAUGAAGCGUUGCGAAUCUUUUCUCAGAUGAGAAACUGUGGCAUGCUCCCCAGUAGUAUAACCAUCGUCAAUGUGAUGAGGGCAUGUGUUUGGUUAGAAACUCCACACCAUGCUAAGUGGAUUCAUGGUCUUGUAGUUAAGAGUGGGUUUGACUCGGAUAUAGUUGUGAGUAAUUCUUUGUUAUCUCUAUAUACGAAAUGUAGGAGUAUAGAUUUUGCGGAACUGGUGUUUGACGAAAUGCCUAAUCGAAGUUUGGUUUCAUGGAAUGCAAUGAUAGCUGGGUAUGCACAUAAUGGGCUGGGGAAGGAGGCACUGUUACUUUUUAAUGAAAUGGUCUUAGCAGAUGUGAGAACAGAUUCAGCGACUCUGGUGUCUGCACUUCAAGCAUGCGCUCAUCUAGGUGUUCUACGGCAGGGGAAGUGCAUUCAUGAUUACAUAAUUAGAAAAGGGUUUGAGUUGGAUGUCAAUCUGGGUAACUCUCUUGUAGCCAUGUAUAUUAGGUGUGGGAGUAUAGAGAACGGGCGAAGGGUGUUUGACAAGAUGACUGUAAAGGAUGUCAUAACAUGGAGUACGCUCAUUGCUGGGUACAGUCAAAGUGAAAAUGGCAGCGAGAGCAUGAAACUCUAUAGUCAAAUGCAAUUGGCAAACAUAAGACCUGAUUCUUUUACCAUGGUAAGCGUGCUUCAGACAUGUACCCAUGUAAGAGCUUUACUGGAAGGUGAGAUAAUGCAUUGCUAUGUAAUCAAAAGUGGGUUCGAAUCAGAUGUUUACAUAGGAAAUUCUCUUAUAGACAUGUAUUCCAAGUGUGGAAGAGUAAAUCUGGCACAUCUUUUGUUUGAGAAAAUGUCUGAAAGAAAUGUGGUGUCAUGGAAUUCCAUGCUUGCUGGAUAUGUUCAGAAUGAAAAUGCCAGGGAGGCCUUUACUGUCUUUUAUCAAAUGCAGCAGAUAGAUGCAACUUCUGACUCCUGUACUAUGGUAAUAAUCAUCCAGGCAUGUGCCCAUUUAAGAGCCCUGCAUCAAGGCAAGUGCGUCCAUGGUUACAUAGUUAAGGCAAAUUUAGAUUUGGAUGCUUUUGUGCAGAAUUCCCUCAUAGAUAUGUAUGCCAAAUGUGGGAAUGUAGAUAGUGCACGCCAAUUAUUUGAUAGAAUGUCUAAUAGAAACACAAUAUCAUGGACAGCAAUGAUUGGUGGAUAUUCCCAUAGUGGGCUUCCCAGUGAGGCUAUGGCACUCUUUCGUCAGAUGCAAAUAGUGGCCGUGAAACCUAACACGGUGACAAUGGUGAAUGUACUUCUGUCAUCUACCCGUUUUGCAGCUCUGCAUCAAGGUAAGCAGAUUCAUGGUUAUAUAAUUAAAAGUGGAUUUCAUUCUGAUGUUGGAGUGGGGACAGCCCUGAUCGACACAUAUGCCAAUUGUGGAAGUGUAGAGAUUGCACGCCAAUUGUUUGAUCAGAUGCCUGAAAGAAAUGUAGUUUCGUGGAGUACAAUGAUUGCUGGUUAUGGAAUGCAUGGGCUUGGUGAGGAAGCAAUUAUGCUUUUUCGUCAAAUGCAGCUGGCUGGUGAAAUGCCCAAUCACAUAACUUUUGUUUCUCUUUUGUCUGCCUGUAGUCAUGCAGGCCUAGUGGAGCAGGGCUGGAAAUAUUUUAAUUCUAUGACUCAAAAUUAUUCCAUUGUUCCUAAAGUAGAACACUAUGCUUGUAUGGUGGACCUCCUUGGACGUGCUGGGCAUCUGAAUGAAGCAUGGGACUUUAUUAGAGCAAUGCCAUUAGAACCCAGUGCCAGUGUGUGGGGUGCCUUGCUUGGAGCAUGUAGAAUCCACAGCAAUAUUCAUUUAGGGCAUUGUGUGGCAGAACACCUUUUGGACUUAGAGCCUGACAAUGCUGGAUGCUACAUACUGCUUUCAAACAUUUAUGCUGCAGCUGGCAGAUGGGAUGAUGUAGCGAAAAUGAGAUUGAUGAUGAAAGAAAGGGGAUUGAAAAAGACUCCAGGAUAUAGCUUAAUAGAAGUAAGCAACAGCGUUCAAGCAUUUCUUGUUGGAGACAGGUCGCAUCCUCAAUCAGGGAAAAUAUACAAAAUGCUGGACACCUUAACAGUGCAGAUGGAGGAGGCAGGAUAUGUACCUGACACAAAUUUUGUUCUGCAUGACGUGGAAGAGGAGUUGAAGGAAGAUAUGCUGUCGACUCACAGCGAGAAGUUGGCCAUUGCAUUUGGCAUUAUAAACACAAGCCCUGGAACUCCACUUCGGAUUACGAAAAACCUUCGUGUUUGUGGUGACUGCCACAAUGCUGCCAAAUUCAUCUCCAAAAUUGCUGACCGAGAUAUUUAUAUGAGGGAUGCAAACCGUUUCCAUCACUUCAAGGAUGGAUUAUGCUCUUGCAGGGACUAUUGGUGAUUUCAAUAUGCAUGGGCAACAACCAAUGUGUUAAGUUUGCUAUGUUCAUCUCUGUGUGUUCACUUUGUAGCACAAUUAAUUUCCUCAAGCUGCAGCCGUUUGUUGAGGAAGAUCGCAUUUACAUUUGUCUGGGCCAAGGAUUUUCUUGUAUGAUGAUAAUGAGGGAGGUAUCCAUAUCACUCAGGAAAGAUGUCAAACGAUGGUCAAUAAGGGUAAUUGAGACGUGGUAACUUGGUCGAUGCCAAUAACAAAGUUCAAUGCUGGAGAUCGAUCACAGUAUUGAUUAAAUAAACUAUGAGAUACUGUUGAUGUCACAUUGGCAGAUAGAGCCAUGAUCUGUUUUUGAUACAAACCUUGCGCCGCACAAUGUUGAAAAGGCACAGUGUGACCAGUUUCAUCUCUAAGAUUGCACCCAAAAAAUUACAUCAACAUUGCAGACAAUUUCCGUUAUUUCAAGGGUGGAAUAUUCUCAUACAAUAACUAGUGAUGAUGUUCGUUAAGGAUUAAUAUAAAUGGAGUAUAGUAAAUUACAAACGUUUUAGAAGUUGUCACUUGCAUCUGUGUGCCCUUUCAAGAUUACUUCUUAGAAACCCAUUUUGCAGCAAUUUCUUUGUUAAACUUCUUGUUUACAUAUUACAGGGAUGAGUGUGUCUUGGAUGUGGUGAUAGUAUCAAGUCCAACAAGCUCAUGUCUUAUCCCAAUUUCUAUCGUCUACCAAACAUCUAUUAUACAGAUAAAAAUGCACGAUCAUUAGCAAAGAUGAGAGGCAAUCAUUUAGAGAGCAGUAGAUGACAUGCAGGUUAUAAAUUGGUUGACCUAUAUAAGAAGUUCAAGCAUUGACUGUGGGAGAUAGAUCACUUUGUGUCAGAAAACCGAUGCAAUGCAGUUGGGAAUGGCUGAUAAGACACAAGUAAGAAUUUUUGCUGGUUGCAAAUUUUUUGUUAUAUUAUGUUGAGAAGGUCAACUCAGACAUCGUUUCCACUUACAGUGAGAGUUUGCCAAAGCAUUUGGGAUUAUUAACAGAAUUCUUGGUAUUCCCCAUUGAAUCUUACAAGAAUGCUGUCAGGUGACUGAAAAUGCUACACAUUUCAUCAGUAAGACACUUCCCAGAGAAACAUGAGGUAAGUGAGCUAUUUCCAUCAUUUUGAAGUUGGGUUGUAAUGCUUUAUUGAUCGAAUCAUUAAUAUAAACUCGUCAAAAAUAAAAAUAUCAACCUUUUGUUAGUGAACCCAGUGUUUUUGAUUUAGGGAUGAAUAGGUUUUAAUGGGUUCCUAACAUCCUUUUACAGCAAAACAUUAGUAGAAAUUACAACCGGCCAACAACAACACAACAGACAUCAGAAAAGAUUCAACAGCAUCAAGUUGCAGCCAAGAUGCCAUUGGAAAACAUCCAACCCAACCCAACUUACACUAUGUCUCACCCUUUCCUUGCAAUUUGCAUACCCUUAACUUGGGGAUGGAAUUCCAAAAUAGAUUUAGAAAGACUUCUCUCUUCUCUGACCAGUCAUCCAAGAUACACCAUUAUCUAACUCCGCUGAAUGCGGACUGAGGGGGGAGUUCUCAAUUGACACUUCAACCAUGGUCACCUUGUGUGAAGAGGAAGGAUGCCUAUCCGAAGAAGUUAUAUGUUGCACAGAGUCUGUAGAUUGAGCGGGAGCAAGAAUUCCUCUGAACCAAGUCAAAAGGUGCAGUCCUACCAAGGAAUCUAGUUGUGGUUUACAUUAGAGCAUAAAUUUAUCGUUGAAAAUCCAGCGUGUAGUAAUUUGUUUAUUAAAUAUUUCAUUUGUAUUUGCCUAGGAUCGGGGUUUUCUUUGUUGUGAAAGCAUAGCAGCAAGAAAUUCAAUUAGAUGUGUGUAUGCAUUGUUGCAUGCUUAUAUCUGUAUGUAAACAUGCCUUUUUAUCUACCAAAAUAUUUGGUGGUGGGCUGGGAUUAUUUGGCAAAGGAGAACAAUAAGGCUGCAUCAGACAAGACACAAAGUUUCAGGUAAACGAAACAUUCAAGUGCUUGUUGUGGGAGAUUGUGUUGAACACACCUUAGGAUUGAGAGGGCGGCGGCGGCGGGGGAGGGAAAUUGAAUCAGUCCGUACCUUUAAAAUACAAU